AAAAGAAACUAUGUUGCUUUCUUAUUGGGACUAUGCUAUCUCUGGGCUGUUUUCUUCAAGCUAUCCUGCGGGUUGAGGCUCUCUGUUCAGACUUGUCUAACUAGUUUCAUUUCAACUAUUUGUAAUUUGUUUUAAUUUCUUUCAGCCAUAGACUUCUAAUACAUCUAGAGGUGACAUGCAGUUGAUUAGAAAGUCAAGUUCAGUGGGUGCAGACCUGCAAGACCAAAUUCUUCCUCUUACAGAUGAUGUAUCGAACAGUAGGAUUUGGCACCCAGAGCAGAAGUUUGAAACCAUGGAUGAUUGCCCUUCUCAUUGUGUUAUUAUUACUGACAGUGGUGGCAGUGACCAUUGGUAUUCUGGCCCACUUGUUAGUCUCUGGACAGAAAACGGAGUAUUAUCAUGGAACAUUUAAAAUUUCAGAUCUACAAGUCAAUAGAAAUUCUAGACAAAACAACACAUACAACCUUAAGGACUUAAAGGAGAUGAGUGAGAAUUUGGUGGAUGAGAUAUUUAUAGAUUCGGCCUUGAACAAGCAUUAUAUCAAGAACCAAGUAGUGAGACUGACGCCAGAGGAAGAUGGUGUGAAAGUAGAUAUCAUUAUGAUAUUCCAGUUCCCCUCUCCUGGGCAAAGAGCCAUGAUAAAAGAGAAAAUCCAUAGCAUCUUAAAUCAGAAGAUAAGGACCACAAGAGCCUUGUCAAUAAAUGCCUCCUCAGUUCAAGUUAAUGCAAUGAGCUCAUCAACAGGAAAGCUAACUGUCCAAGCAUGUUGUGGUAAACGAGUUGUUCCAUUAAUAGUCAACAGAAUAAUGUCUGGAGACAUUGCAGCCAAGGCUGCCUGGCCAUGGCAAGCUUCCCUUCAGCGAAAUAACAUACAUCAGUGUGGGGCCACCUUGAUUAGUAAUACAUGGCUCAUCACCGCAGCACACUGCUUUAAGAAUAAUGCAAAUCCACAUCAAUGGACUGUUAGCUUUGGAACAACAAUCAACCCUCCAUUAAUGAAAAGAAAUAUCAGAAGAAUUAUUGUCCAUGAGAGAUAUCACUCCCCAGCAAGAGAGUACGACAUUGCUGUUGUACAGUUCUCUCCCAAGGUCACCUUUACUAAUGACAUCCGCCGGGUUUGUUUGCCAGAAGCCUCUGCAUCCUUCCAACCCAAUUCAACUGUUUAUAUCACAGGAUUUGGAGCACUUUUCUACGGUGGGGAAUCCCAAAAUAAUCUUCGAGAAGCCAGACUGAAAAUCAUAAGCGAUGAUGUGUGCAAACAACCACACAUAUAUGGCCAUGAUAUAAAAUCUGGAAUGUUUUGUGCUGGAUAUCUGGAAGGAAUUUAUGAUGCCUGCAGGGGUGAUUCUGGGGGACCCUUAGUUAUAAAGGAUUUUAAAGACACCUGGUAUCUCAUUGGAAUCGUGAGCUGGGGAGAUAACUGUGGUCAAAAGAACAAACCUGGAGUCUACACAGAAGUGGCUUAUUACCGAAACUGGAUCACUUCAAAAACAGGCCUCUAAUUCUCUAUAAAAGUUAAAUAUUGACAGCUUUAAGCAAGCUAUACAUGUAUGAGAAUUUAAAUGUUUAGUGAAUACAGUACAAUGAAGUGAAAUUAAAUGAUGUGAUUUAUUUUAAAAUCACUUUAAUC